AACGCUUAGAAUGACGUCACGGUCGUUGUCGCGAAAGUCGGCAGCUAGCGCUGGUUAAGAGGCCGCGCGCACAGAAGGGAAGGAUUAUUACUACAUUCUGGAGAGCAGGUCGUCAUCUGCAGCACUUAGUAUUUCAGAGAGCAUGGCUCAGGAGACCAAUCAGGCGCAAGUGCCAAUGCUUUGCACUAUGGGCUGCGGUUUCUAUGGUAAUCCCCGCACCAGCGGCAUGUGCUCAGUCUGCUACAAGGAACACCUGCAGAGACAACAGGGCGUGGGCCGUUCCAGCCCCCCAGGUGAGAAAGGCUCGGCUGCUUCAUCGCCAGUGGGGUCCCUGGGAGCAGCUGGUGUGUCGGUGAAGCGCCAGACAGCGGAACCCAGCGCGGAAGGAGUCACUCUGCCCGAGGAAAGGACAUCCAGUCCCAGCUCCCCCAGCCCAGUAACCCAGCAAAUGACAGCCAUGAGUAUCUCCCAAGAUACUGGAGCCACUGACUCAGACCAGGCUAAUGGGGAAGAGGAGGUGACAUCCAAAAACACAGAGCCAGUGGGUGAGGCAGACCAGACCUUGUCUGAUGGUGAUCAGACCCCUGACAAAAAUAAGAAGAACCGAUGCUUCACUUGCCGGAAGAAAGUGGGCCUCACGGGCUUCGCUUGUCGCUGUGGUAACCUGUUCUGCGCCAUUCACCGCUACUCUGACAAACAUGACUGUUCUUACGACUAUCGAGGUGCUGCCGCAGCACGCAUACGCAAGGAGAACCCUAUCGUGGUGGCUGAGAAGAUCCAGAAGUUAUGAGGACUGAGUAGAAAGGUCUGAUGUGCAAAUUGUGGAACAAUGGCGGCAUGGAAUAAUACCAGAUAAAAUUGUUUCAUGGUAGGAUAAGGUGGGUGGGGUGGCGGUGUCACAGCCCCUGCCCAGCCACUUCCUUUAACAUCUCCCUCUCUCUCCUAGGGUGACCGCUUGAGUGUGAAUGCCUGUGGUGAGAUGGUCUGUGUGUGUGCAGUAUGGUUUGGUGGGCAUUAGAAGUCUACUGUGGGGAAGGAAGACAUUUCAUUUUUAACCUUUUUAUUGUUUCUUAACUUGGGGGGACUUGAGUUAGUUUUUAUAUUACCCCCGUGUGGUGGUUAAAAUGAGCCAGAAGUAACAUGUUGAAGAGCAUGCUUACAUCUCCGAUAAGGACAUCAGGAGGUCAAGUUAAGAUCCAUGCUGGGAGUUUCUCUGUAUCAGCAAUAUCUUUUGAGGGCUAGAAAUUAAGAAAAACCCUUGUCCAGUUUCUGACAAAUGGGCCUUUUUGUUGUAACUUUUCUUUCCCUUCUGACCCUUAGAUGAAUAGUUCACAACAUGGCAACAUUUUUUCAAGAAAUGUUCUUUGACUUACUGAUAUUGGGUGCAUGAAAGAGCCUCUAUGAGUGAUUGAGAUUGUUUUUAUGAGUGUAUGACAUCAGAUCUAUAUUAAUAUAUUGUCCUUAGCUUGAAGUUUUUUUGAAUAUUGAAGUUUUUUAUAUAAUUUGGUUGUUUGUACUGGAGGAUUGGCAGCAUGUCAGAAAAUCACUUGUUUUGUACUGAACCUUUCAAUGAUAUUUUAGCAUUUCCAUCUGAUUUUAUGUAACCAUUUAAAAAAUACAACUUCUGAUAUGUGAUGGAGUAGAGUCCUGUUAAUAUGUUCAGAUUAGGACGUUGCAGAAAAUGCCAUUUAUUAUGGAAUCAAAGCACAACAAUUAAAGUUAACUGCAGAGCAUAAGACAUUGAAUGUGCAAGUUAACUUACUCAGUUGUUUUCUUCAGCAUCCGGGUCUUUAUACACUGCUCAAAAAAAUAAAGGGAACACUAAAAUAACACAUCCUAGAUCUGAAUGAAUGAAAUAUUCUUAUUAAAUACUUUUUUCUUUACAUAGUUGAAUGUGCUGACAACAAAAUCACACACAAAUUAUCAAUGGAAAUCAAAUUUAUCAACCCAUGGAGGUUUGGAUUUGGAGUCACGCUCAAAAUUAAAGUGGAAAACCACACUACAGGCUGAUCCAACUUUGAUGUAAUGUCCUUAAAACAAGUCAAAAUGAGGCUCAGUAGUGUGUGUGGCCACUACGUGCCUGUAUGACCUCCCUACAAUGCCUGGGCAUGCUCCUGAUGAGGUGGUGGAUGGUCUCCUGAGGGAUCUCCUCCCAGACCUGGACUAAAGCAUCUGCCAACUCCUGGACAGUCUGUGGUGCAACGUGGCGUUGGUGGAUGGAGCGAGACAUGAUGUCCCAGAUGUGCUCAAUUGGAUUCAGGUCUGGGGAAUUGGCGGGCCAGUCCAUAGCAUCAAUGCCUUCCUCUUGCAGGAACUGCUGACACACUCCAGCCAAAUCAGGUCUAGCAUUGUCUUGCAUUAGGAGGAACCCAAGGCCAACCGCACCAGCAUAUAGUCUCACAAGGGGUCUGAGGAUCUCAUCUCGGUACCUAAUGGCAGUCAGGCUACCCAUGGCGAGCACAUGGAGGGCUGUGCGGCCCCCCCAAAGAAAUGCCACCCCACACCAUGACUGACCCACCGCCAAACUGGUCAUGCUGGAGGAUGUUGCAGUCAGCAGAACGUUCUCCACGGCGUCUCCAGACUCUGUCACGUCUGUCACAUGUGCUCAGUGUGAACCUACUUUCAUCUGUGAAGAGCACAGGGUGCCAGUGGCGAAUUUGCCAAUCUUGGUGUUCUCUGGCAAAUGCCAAACGUCCUGCACGGUGUUGGGCUGUAAGCACAACCCCCUCCUGUCGACGACUUCGGGACCUCAUACCACCCUCAUGGGUGGAGGUCAUUUUGCAGGGCUCUGGCAGUGCUCCUCCUGCACCUCCUUGCACAAAUGCGGAGGUAGCGGUCCUGCUGCUGGGUUGUUGCCCUCCUACGGCCUCCUCCACAUCUCCUGAUGUACUGGCCUGUCUCCUGGUAGCGCCUCCAUGCUCUGGACACUACGCUGACAGAUACAGCAAACCUUCUUGCCACAGCUCGCAUUGAUGUCCCAUCCUGGAUGAGCUGCACUACCUGAGCCACUUGUGUGGGUUGUAGACUCCAUCUCAUGCUACCACUAGAGUGAAAGCACCACCAGCAUUCAAAAGUGACCAAAACAUCAGCCAGGAAGCAUAGGAACGGAGAAGUGGUCUGUGGUCACCACCUGCAGAACCACUCCUUUAUUUGGGGUGUCUUGCUAAUUGCCUAUAAUUUCCACCUGUUGUCUAUUCCAUUUGCACAACAGCAUGUGAAAUUUAUUGUCAGUGUUGCUUCCUAAGUGGACAGUUUGAUUUCACAGAAGAGUGAUUGACUUGGAGUUACAUUGUGUUGUUUAAGUGUUCCCUUUAUUUUUUGGAGCAGUGCUUGAUCUCUCUCUGCAGCUUUGCUACUGAGAAUAAAGCAUGUUCUGCCAGUCCAGGCAGGACAUAAUUUAGUGUUUUCCUUGAAUGCCAUCUUCUGUUCCAUAAAGCCAACAGUGAACCACCUUGUUCCCUAAACCACCAGCAGACCACUGAUAUAUGCUGAAUGAUAACAGAACUGGUUGGCAAUUAGUCCAAGAAUUUGUAUAUGUAUGUGUAGUAAUGUUUUCAUAACUACCCUAAAGAAAGAACUGCCGUGGCACUGCUUUCUUUUCCUUGUAUUUUCUUUCACCCACAGGUAAUUCCUGUGUCUUUGAAUGGGGGGUGGAAUUUUAGUCAUAGGGCUAAAAUCACUCUGGAUGACAUUUAUUCUAAAGUGUCAUUCUAGGUUGCUUUCCUGUUCCUCCUGACUGCCCACAUUCGGUGAAUCCAUAGACAGACAGACACAACCCUUAGUACCAGUAAUUUGGACAUGUCUCAAUCCUCGGCCAAGGGCCUUCGUGUCCCUGUGGUUGUUUUCAGGAUUGGUCACAUUAGUUUGGUUCCAAAUAAUUAGUGGCAGUUUUGCAUUUUUAGGUGAAUCAAACGUUUCAUAGCGAAUGUCAUUGAAAAAGAGUUGUGUAGAAAAAAGCAAAUACUGAAAAACGUCACGUGUGACACCUGGCAAAACAACGAGGCCCUUUUGAGAGAAAGUCUGAAUUGAAUGAGCUGUCUUAUAUGAACAGGAAAACAUCGGGACUUGACGCCAGGCACCACAGGUUAAAAUUACAUUUUUGCAUCUACUGAUUGAGAUUUGUUGCUAUUUUUGGUCCAUUUAUGAUUUGUAUUUUCACAAAGUAAACUAUUUCAAACUUGCUGAAAACUUAUAAUUUCUUUAGUUUGUCAUACUACUGUCAUUAAAAUUGUUAUUAAUUUUAA